CCCAGCCAGGGAGUCUCCAGAGGUGAGGCCGUUCUUUAAAAACUGGGAACCAGGAGAGGAGCCCCCACAUUCAAGGGGUGCUCUCAGAGGCCAUCUGGAGAAAGAAGAGCAGGCAGCACCGAGCAAGGUGAGAGCCUCUGUGGGGAUUCCCCUAUUGGCUGAAAAUGAGGCCACUCCUACUCCUGGGUUUUGUCUUGCCCAGUUUCCUGUGUGCCCAGCAAGCCUGCUCCCGUGGGGCCUGCUAUCCACCCGUUGGGGACCUGCUCAUUGGGAGGAUCCGGUUUCUCCAUGCUUCAUCCACCUGUGGACUGACCAAGCCUGAGACCUACUGCACCCAGUAUGGCGAGUGGCGGAUGAAAUGUUGCAAGUGUGACUCCAGGUUGCCUCAUAAUUACAAUGGCCACCGAGUGGAGAAUGUGGUUUCAUCCUCAGGCCCCAUGCGCUGGUGGCAGUCCCAGAAUGAUGUGAAUCCUGUCUCUCUGCAGUUGGACCUGGACAGGAGGUUCCAGCUUCAAGACAUCAUGAUGGAUUUUAAGGGGCCCUUGCCCGCCGGGAUGCUGAUUGAGCGGUCCACAGACUUCGGCAACACCUGGCAGGUGUACCAGUACCUGGCUGCUGACUGCGCCUCCGUCUUCCCCCGGGUCCGUCAGGGCCAGCCUCAGAGCUGGCAGGAUGUUCGGUGCCAGUCCUUGCCCCAGAGGCCUAACGGGCAUCUGGACGGGGGGAAGGUUCAACUUAACAUCAUGGAUUUAGCAUCUGGGAUUCCAGCAACUCAAAGUCAAAAAAUUCAAGAGCUGGGGGAAAUCACAAACUUGAGAAUCAACUUCACCAGGCUGGCCCCUGUGCCCCAGAGAGGCUACCACGCCCCCAGCGCCUACUAUGCGGUGUCCCAGUUGCGUCUACAGGGGAGCUGCUUCUGUCAUGGCCACGCUGACCGCUGUGCCCCUAAGCCUGGAGCCUCUUCCAGCCCCUCUACCGCUGUGCAGGUCCACGAUAUCUGUGUCUGUCAACACAACACCGCCGGCCCCAAUUGUGAACGCUGUGCACCCUUCUACAACAAUCGGCCCUGGAGACCUGCAGAUGACCAGGACCCCCAUGAAUGCCAACCGUGUGACUGCAACGGGCACUCUGAGACGUGUCACUUCGACCCAGCUGUGUUCGCCGCUAGCCAGGGGGCGCACGGAGGUGUGUGUGACGACUGCCGGGACCACACCGAGGGCAAGAACUGUGAGCGGUGUCAGCUGCACUAUUUCCGCAACCGGCGUCCUGGAGCUCCCAUUCAAGAGACCUGUAUCCCCUGCGAGUGUGAUCCCGAUGGGGCAGUGCCGGGCGUUCCCUGUGACCCAGUGACUGGGCAGUGCGUGUGCAAGGAGCAUGUGCAGGGGGAGCGCUGUGACCUGUGCAAGCCGGGAUUUACAGGACUCACCUAUGCUAACCCACAGGGCUGCCACCGCUGUGACUGCAACAUCCUGGGGUCUCGUCGGGACAUGCCGUGUGAUGAGGAGAGCGGGCACUGCCUGUGUCUGCCCCACGUGGUGGGCCCCAAAUGUGACCAGUGCGCUCCCUACCACUGGAAGCUGGCCAGCGGUCGGGGCUGUGAGCCGUGUGCCUGCGACCCUCACAACUCCCUCAGCCCCCAGUGCAACCAGUUCACAGGGCAGUGCCCCUGUCGAGAAGGGUUCGGUGGCCUGACCUGCGACGCUGCAGCCCUCCGCCAGUGUCCUGACCGGACCUAUGGAGACACAGGCACAGGAUGCCGUGCCUGUGACUGUGACUUCCGGGGAACAGAGGGCCCAGGCUGUGACAAGGCCUCGGGCCGCUGCCUCUGCCGCCCUGGCUUGACCGGACCCCGCUGUGACCAAUGCCAACGAGGUUACUGUGACCGCUAUCCAGUGUGUGUGGCCUGCCACCCUUGCUUCCAGAGCUACGAUGCUGACCUCCGGGGGCAGGCCUUGCGCCUCAGCGGCCUGCGCAAUGCCACUGCCAGCCUGUGGCCAGGGCUGGGUCUGGAGGAUCCUGGCCUGACUGCCCGGAUCAUGGGUGCAAAGAGCAAGAUGGAGCAGAUCCAAGCAAUUCUCGCCAGUGCCUCGGUCACCGAGCAGGAGGUGUCCCAGGUGGCCAAUGCCAUUUUCUCCAUCAGGCAGACUCUCCAGGGCCUGCAGCCCGAUCUGGCCCUAGAGGAGGAGACCUUGUCCCUCCCGGGAGACCUGGAGAAUCUGGACAGAAGCUUCAAUCGCCUGCUCAUUAUAUAUCAGAGCAAGAAGGAACAGUUUGAAAGGAUAAGCAGUACGGAUCCUUUAGGGGCCUUCCGGGUGCUGACUGCAGCCUACCAGCGGUCCUCCCAGGCUGCUCAGCAGGUCUCCGAUGGCUCCCACCUGCUCCUCCAGCUCAGGGACAGCCGCAGAGAGGCAGAGAGGCUGGAGGGGCAGGUGGGAGGAGGAACGGGAGCCGGAGGUCCCCAGCUCGCGGCCCUGAGCCUGGGGAUGGCUUCCUUGCCUGAUCUGAUGCCCACCAUCAACAAGCUCUGUGGGGGCUCCAGGCAGACGGCCUGUACCCCAGGAGCGUGCCCCGGAGAGCUGUGUCCCCGAGACAACGGCACGGCAUGUGGCUCUCACUGCAGAGGCGUCCUCCCCAAAGCAGGUGGGGCCUUCCGGACUGCGGGCCAGGUGGCCAGGCAGCUGCAGGGUUUCAACACCCAGCUCCAGCAGACCAGGCAGAUGAUCAGGGCAGCAGAGGAGGCCGCCUCGAAGGUGCAGUCAGACGCUCAGCGCCUGGAGACCCAGGUGAGCGCCAGCCGCUCCCAGAUGGAGGAAGAUGUCAGACACACACGGCGCCUCAUCCAGCAGGUCCGAGACUUCCUGUCAGACCCUGACACUGAUGCAGCCACCAUCCAGGAGGUCAGCGAGGCUGUGCUGGCCCUGUGGCUGCCCACAGACUCCGCCACCGUCCUGCGGAAGAUGAAUGAGAUCCAGGCCAUCGCAGCCAGGCUACCCAACGUGGACCUGGUGCUGUCCCAGACCAAGAAGGACAUUGCUCGGGCUCGCAGGCUCCAGGCUGAGGCUGAGCAGGCCAGGAGCCGAGCCCACGUGGUGGAGGGCCAGGUGGAGGAUGUGGUGGGGAACCUGCGUCAGGGCACAGUGGCACUGCAGGAGGCUCAGGACACCAUGCAAGGCACCAGCCGCUCCCUUCGGCUUAUCCAGGAAAGGGUUGCUGAGGUUCAGCAGGUGCUGGGGCCAGCGGGAAGACUGGUGGCCGGCAUGACGGAGCAGCUGGGUGACUUCCGAGCACGGAUGGAGGCGCUCCGCCUGCAGGCUAGGCAGCAGCGGGCACAGGCAGCUCAGGCCCAGCAGCUCGCGGAAGGCGCUGAACAGCAGGCGCUGAGCGCCCAGGAGGGAUUUGAGAGAAUAAAGCAAAAAUAUGCCGAAUUGAAGGACCAGUUGGGUCGUAGCCCUAUGCUGGGGGAGCAGGGAAGCCGGAUCCUGAGCGUCAAGACAGAGGCAGAGGAGCUGUUUGGGGAGACCAUGGAGAUGAUGGACAGGAUGAAAGACAUGGAGUUGGAGCUGCUUCGGGGGAGCCAGGCCAUCGAGCUUCGCUCGGCAGACCUGACGGGGCUGGAGAAGCACGUGGAACAGAUCCGCGACCACAUCAAUGGGCGUGUGCUCUACUAUGCCACCUGUAAGUGACGUGCCGGCUUCCAGCCCCUGGCCCUGCCCGUCUGCCCUCUUUACUUUUGGAGGACAGACUGGGUUGGAAUGCUUUCCAGCUCCAGGAGACUUUUAUACAGCCGAAAGCACAGCGUGGUCCACCCCUGGUGUGCAGCUGUUAAGAUUGUUCUGGGCUGCAGCUGAGCCCGAGAUGAUGGGAAAUUACAUUUGAGAGACAGAGAGGGUGGAGGCGGGCCGUGCCUUUGUGACUGGGAGCUCUCAAGUGCAGGGAGCUUGGCUGGGCAGCAUGCAUGCCCUUCAUCCUCCACUGAGGCUGAGUCCUGGACGAACCCCAAAUCUUAACAAACAGUGAUGUACAAACUAAAAGCCCAAUAAAAAUCUUUGGAAAGAA